AUGGCGUCGUCUAACUCCUCCGAUGACCAUGUUCCUCCAUUAUUUAAAGUGAAUUCUAAUGUAGAUGGAUACACAGCCCACGAGUGUAUUAGAGUAGAGAGGUGUCCACUUUGUAAUCAGAAAACUAAAGCGUUUUAUUGUAAGGAGUGCGUGAGAAAUGGGAACUUCUAUCACUCUCGCAUGAAGCUACCAGAAAGGUAUGCAGACAAGAAGCUUCGUUACUUCAGGCUCCGACGAGACUUGUUAGAUCAGGACGGUGAAGUGGAGCGUCUACACCAGGCCAAGACCAGACACCUGCUGCUGAAAGAGAAGGUGGAGGAGGUGAAGGACAGAGUGGCACUACUACGACUAGUCAUCAGCGCUACUAAGCAGAACACCAGGCAAGUCAGGACCCAGAGUGCUGAGUUAUACAACACCAAUGCUGUUAGACGUCAGCAGCUGCCAUUGUUUCAACUGAGACUGUCCAAGAUGAAGAAGAUCUUGCAACAGUAUCAGGAGAAGAUUCAAGACAAGAGAGAACAGCUGGCUAUAAGUGAAGCUCAGCUGAAAGGUGUUGUCCGAGGGAACAUACGCCAGCUGACUCGCUACAUCUUCCCCAUCACUGAGGUGCAGCCAGCCAGAAGUAUGGAUACAGACCCUGAACAUCUAGAUACAGUAUCAGCUAUUGCAGAAGCCUCACAAACAACAUAUGUACGUGGUCGAUGGGUUUACACGGACACGUCACAUGAGACACAAUACCGCAUUGUCCAUCCUCUCUUGCCUGGCUCAGGGGACUAUUCAGCGUACAACCUCUUGUUGAUGAAUACAGGCAGUGAAUGUGAAGACAGUGAUAAUGAGGAGCGGUCUGGAGGCUUCAGUGUGUGUGCGGGUCUUACGUACCUCACCCAACUUGUCAACACACUGGCCUUCUACCUUGAUGUAACGUUACCAAAGAAGUUGUGUUAUAGUGAAUUCUGCAGAAUUGAGUUGAGUGAACAACAGUUCGCCAGACGGGUAGCAAGAUUAAAUACAAACGUAUUAUAUUUGUGUUUGUCCCAAAAUGUCCCAGCAAAGUUACUGCGGCCAACUCAUACCACACCAAAUCUCUUGGCUCUUCUUGAUACACAAGUGGCUGAUCUAGGAAGACAAGGUAGUUUUGAGAUCGCUGAGUCUCUGGUGGAAAGUAUGGAGGAGGGGAUGGAGGAAGACAACGCAGAUGGUUCUGACUCGGAGGAGGAGGAGGACACAGACACUCUCUCUGCUGAGUGGGAAACUGUCCCCAACUUCCCUCUCCUGGAGCCACCACCAUCUGUACCAACCCAUCAAGCCUUUUCCACUUUUAAUUCAACAACUAUAUACUCCCAGGCAACUAUGGGUCAGAUUGCACAAGGAGGCAUGGGCCUUGGUGCAAUGGGUGUUGGAGCAGGUGGUAUUGUUUCAUCUGCAGCUGCCUCGGUAAUAUCAUUAUUUCGAGGCUUUGGUGGAGGUCAGCAGAGAAACAAUUACUGAUAGUCACAUUGCAUUAUAGUUACUCUAUAUUUUCAGUUACUGUACUUAAGUUGAUAAUAAAACAAAGGCUUACUAUCAACUUACCAGCUUAUUUUUGCUGUCUUUUGCAAACUCAUGAAAAUGUGACAUAUUUGGUUGAACCCACAUCUUGGUUGCAGCUAACAGGGACCCAGUCAGCCUCCUGAUUUGUUAUGAGCUCAUACCAAAGGAAAAUUUACAAACAUGGCUGUAUAUGUACAGUCACGAACAAAAAAACCUUGUUGCCACUUCUACUGCUCCACGAACCCUGAAGCAGUAGACACUAAUGCAUUUUUCUGUCCAGUGAUGCUUCAUAUUCAUGAGUCUGAAUCUCAGGAAUCAUGGAGUAGAAGGAGAGGCAACAGGACUUUUGUUUAUGACUGUACCUUUAUAUAAGAUGACUAUCCAGUGGUACUGUACCAUUGCUGGAGUGUUUUGACAGUAUUGUGAGGACAUGAUAUGUUGAUUGGGAUUAGACCUGUCAUAUGAUUAUUGUGUUUCUUAGGCCAUUUUUAUUUUGCUUCUAAAAGGUCAAAUUUAAGAAAUUUUCCUGUUGUAAUUGUCUUAGUGUUUCUUGAAUUAUGAAAAUAUAUAUUUAUUGAUUUCCUGUAUGAUUACAAAUGUUUUAUUGCCACUUAUAAUGUAAAUUGUCACAGCAGAAGUAAUUUCUUAUUGUCCUAAAGAAUGCUGUACAGCAGUGCAAAAUAUCAGUGAUAAUUGAUAUAAUAUAAAAGUUAUUGGAGCAGAGUUUUGGAUAAUUUAUGAAUAAAGGAACACAGAGAACAAACUGAGGAAUGAAGGUUAUUUUUUAUCUGAUUAGUGUAUAAAUAUUGAAAUGGCUAUGCAGGUCCAUGCAAGGAAUACUUCAUAGUAUAAUUCCAUAUAGUAACCAUGUUCCUGUGUGUGAUACCAUGUUCCCUUUGUGAAUUGAAGUGUGACCACAUGUAGAAUCUUGCCAAUAUACUUCAGAUUCUGAAUCCUUCCACUUCUUCAAAUGUUAUUGGUUAAAACAACACCUGUUAAAAAUUUCAUUGCUAGUUUAUAAUUUCAUUAAAGUGAUAAAUUUAUUGGAGUUUCCCACUCUGCUGUAAGUCAUUAUAGGAUAAUUGAUCCAUAUAUAGUGACAGAAUCUGUACCAAAGUUCAUUUUGGAUUUUUAUAUUUUACGUGAAAUAAAAGUUGUUUGGUUUCUUUGUAAA